CAGUGUACUCUCAGUUUUAUUUCACAAAGAAAGUUCAAAGAUGAAGACUACCGUAGUCUGGAUUACACUUUUCUGUACCUUUGGUCAGAUUCUUGGAGAAGUAGCAAGGUACGACAACUACCGUUUGUACAGUGUUUCUACCAACUCCAUCAAAGACAUCAGCAUCUUGAAUGAUUUGGAAGCAAACAGCGACAGUGUCAUCUUUCUAUCUAAACCCUCAAAAGUAUCCGGUGAAAGUCAGGUUGUUGUAGCACCUCACAAGUUAGCUGACUUUGUGGAUCUUCUUCAACGGCAUGGAUUGAGGUUCAGGAUCUUGGAGAAAAAUCUUCAAAGACAAAUCGACUUGGAGCGCAAAAUAAUGAAGCGUUCCAAUCACAAAAGUGACGAAUUCGACUUCGACAAAUACCAUACCCUCGAAGAGCUACACAACUGGCUGCACUCCCUGGAAAAGAAGUACCCAGAAGUAGUGAAGGUGGUUAGUGCUGGAAAAUCUUUUGAGGGUCGUGAUUUACUAGGAGUAGAGCUGUCUCAUGGCGAAAAUAAACCUGGAGUUUUUGUUGAAUCUGGUAUUCAUGCCCGUGAAUGGAUCACCCCAGCAACAACGGUCUUCCUUGUUAAUGAACUCCUAACAAGCACCGAUCCAGACGUAAGAUAUCUCGCUGAGAACUUCACCUGGUAUGUCUUACCAAGUGUUAAUCCUGAUGGAUAUGUGCACACACAUGAGAAAAAUCGCCUUUGGAGGAAAACCAGAAAGCCCCAUGGAACUUGUGUAGGAGUUGAUGCAAAUCGAAACUGGGAUUUCCAUUGGAAUGAAGUUGGAGCUAGUAAUCAACCAUGUUCAGAUACCUAUGCUGGUCCUGAAGCCUUUUCUGAACCCGAAACCGUCGCUGUUUCCAAUUAUGUGAAAGAACUCAAGGAUAAAGUACAUUUGUAUCUAUCUUUCCACUCCUUCAGUCAGCUCAUCAUUUUCCCUAAUGGGUACACCAGUCAACAUGUCGUCAAUCAUAAGGACCUUCAAGAUGUUGGCGAUGUAGCUGCUAAGGCUUUGUCUCAGAGAUAUGGUACCAAGUACACAGUAGGUCCAAUCUACGAAACUAUUUAUCCAGCUGCUGGAACUUCUAUUGACUGGACCUACGGUGCUAUGAAUGUCUCCCUCUCCUUCUGCUACGAACUAAGGCCUAAGACUCUUUUCCAAGGUGGAUUUCAACUACCUGCUAACCAAAUAAGACCAACAGCUUUGGAAACUCUGGAUUCUUUGGUAGCUAUGGUAAAGCGAAGUGAAGAACUUAAUUACUUCGAAACCGUCUAAGUCUUGACAAAAUUCUUGUACAUUCAAUUGAUUUCUUAUUAAAGCGUUAUUAUUAAAAAGUAAUACACAAAA